UCUGUAGAUAGACAUUAUGUAUAAGCACCGACUCGUAGGUACCUGAUUGUAAUUUGACAGUUAAAAAGAAAAAUGAAGCUAUAUUCUUUUCUUUUAAACAGUAUGUGGCUACUGGUUUACGCAUUCUUGACGGGAACGUUAGUAUCUGGAACGUUAGACUACACCCUGAACGAGCAAAAUGAGCUGGAUGUUUAUUAUAACGGAAUUCACUUAAUCAAGCAUUCUGACGAAUCUCCCUUUUUGUACCUUGGAUCUGGAAAGUUAGCAUUCAAGUCGCACCAUGGCAAUUUUGAAAUCUCUGAUUAUGUCGAAGAACGCAUUGGGCUUAAUGAUGUUAUGGUUCAGUAUGAAGAGCCGGACGAGAUAGAAAUCACUUUCAAAAGAGGCACGCUUUCGUUACGAGUGACAUUAACAAAUAAAGAUGGUCUCUUGGACAUUACAUUCGGCGAUUUGCCGUCAGGUAUGGACCGUCUGUGGUUCAGGAUAAAGGCGGAUCCCGAAGAAUACGUGUAUGGGGCAGGUGAGCAGUUUUCAUAUUUCAAUAUGAAAGGACAGACUUUCCCGAUAUGGACACGAGAACAGGGUGUGGGUCGUAAUAAGUCAACAUACGCAACAUUUGAAGCUGAUAAUUCUGACGGCGGAGGCGGAGAUUAUCACACCACGUACUGGGCACAGCCUACAUUUGUGUCAUCGAAGAAGUACUUUCUACACUCUUCAGUUUCAAGUUAUGUAGGUUUUGACUUCAGACAUAAGGAUUUUCACGAAGUAUUUAUUAGUAGUUUGAAUCCUGGUCACGUGGCUAUUCGAACAGCAAAUUCAUUCAUUGAGUUGGUGUCUAUGUUGACGAACAUACUCGGAAGACAACCGGUGUUGCCAGACUGGAUACAUUCUGGGAUUAUUCUUGGGGUACAAGGUGGAACAGCAUCCAUGCUGGAAUACCUCAAGAUGGCAGAGGAUCAAGGAGUGCGCGUCAGUGGUUUAUGGAUCCAAGAUUGGGUCGGUCGCAUCACAACCAGCUUUGGUCGGCGCCUAUUUUGGAAUUGGGAG